CAGUGCGGUCGAGUGCGGUUGAGUUCCGCAAGUGAAUGGCUCAGUGUCAUGGCUUUAUGUUUAGUGUUUCUCAUCGUUCUGAUAACUAGGAUACAUGCUCAAGAUGUACUGUGCGGACAUCCAGCAGUCCCUGUCAACGCUAAGGUGACACUAAGUUCCACAACGUUGGUACCAGGCACCACAGCCACUUACAGCUGUGACGUGGGCUACGAGUUCUUUGGAAAUGAGAUCUCGAGAUGUAACGACAAAGGAAAAUGGGAAGGCGAGCUGCCGUUUUGUGCUACCAAUGUUGGGCUGCGUCGCCCGGCUAACCAGUCGACCACAGUGCGGGGAGGGUCAGCCGGCAACGCUAACGACGGCGACCUAGCCACGGUCCACGAUGGUCGUCGCUGCUCCGAGACCAUGAGGGAGGCUUCGCCCUGGUGGAGUGUGGACCUUCUGCGACCGUACCCCGUCAGCGCUGUGAGGAUCACCACAAGGGGAUGCUGUGGUCAGCAGCCGCUACAAGAUCUGGAGAUCCGUGUUGGCAACAGCAGUUCUGAUCUUCAGAGGAACCCUCUGUGUGCCUGGUACCCUGGCACUCUAGAGGAGGGCAUCACCAAAGUGUUCCAAUGCGCUCGCACUCUGAUUGGUCAGCAUGUGUUCAUACAACUGGUCGGAGUCGAGGGGUCUCUGUCGAUGUGUGAAGUGGAGGUCUUCAGCACUGAUGAGUUCUCCAACGACCGUUGUGCGCCUGCUGGGGUAGGGCAAGAUGUCGAGCUUGUUGCUUUUGACCGAACGUGUUACGAGUUUAACGUCGGUCGUGGAAGCUCUUUUGAAGACGCAAGAACACAAUGUCGUAAGCACGGUGGUGAUCUAGCUCACGGCUUGCAAGGCGUCCACAACAUAUUUCUGUUGGCGGAACUGGAAAGGCGAAAGAGCAGUUUGAAAACACAACUCGUCUGGAUAGGAGCGCAGAAAGAACCGAGUUUUACAUCUCACACGUGGAAAUGGGUUGAUGGUGCGGUGGUGACAAAGCCCGCGUGGGGUAAGGAUCAACCAAACAACUACAACGGAGAACAGAACUGUGUUGUGUUGGACGGAGGACGGAACUGGCUGUGGAACGAUGUCGGCUGCAACCUCGACUACCUCCAUUGGAUCUGCCAAUACACUCCAGUCAGCUGUGGCAGUCCAGACAAGCAGCUCAACACCACCAUCAAGGGUACAGACUACACGACAGGCAAGACUAUCAGCUACGUUUGUCCCGAGGGUCACAUGUUGGUGGGCAACGCUAACAGAACGUGUCAACAGACUGGCUUCUGGGCUGGCAUGGCACCUUCUUGUAGAUAUGUGGAUUGUGGCAGUUUGGAUGCCCCAGAGAAUGGAGCUGUGACUCUUGUAAACAAACGGACGACGCACGGAGCUGAGGCUACUUACACUUGCAGCACCAACUACACUCUUGCUGGGGACAGCAAACGUACAUGUGGGGACAAUGGGACAUGGACAGGGGCUACCCCUCAAUGUCUCUUUGACUGGUGUCCUGAGCCACCUCGAGGGGAGGGUGUGAUGGUGAAUGUGUCAGGCAAACGUGUUGGAUCUGUUGCUACCUACACCUGCCAGCCUGGCUUUAUACUGUUUGGACAAAGAGAGCUUACAUGUGGACCAGGGGGUGAAUGGUCAGGGAAGGCGCCGAGCUGCAAGUUUGUAGACUGUCGUGAGCCACCCAACGUAGACAAUGGACAAUACCGACUGUUGAACGGCACAACAACCCACGGCUCAGUGGUGGAGUACAGCUGUGACGCAGAUCAUUGGCUCGAGCCACCGGAGCGAGCUAGACUCACUUGCAUGAGGGACGCUAAGUGGUCAGCCGACCCUCCUACAUGCGAAUUGGUCACCUGUCCUGAGCCGGAGGUGCCAGACGACGGGUUCGUGGUAGGCUAUGACUUCAACAUCCACUCCACCAUAGAGUACCAUUGUGAGCCGGGACAUCUGCUGCAAGGCAAGAACUCUCUGGAGUGUACUGCUCAAGGAGAGUGGAAUGAUGAACCCCCUACCUGUCAGUUUAUCGACUGUGGUAAAGUUCAGCCGCUACCUUACGGUAACGUGGAAUACAUCAAUGGAACGACCUACCUCAAAAGUGAGCUUAGCUACAGCUGUGUGCGUAACUACCGACUGGUCGGACAGUCUCGUCGUCGCUGUCUCACCACCAAACAGUGGAGUGAGUCUUCCCCUCGGUGCGAAGAAAUACGCUGCCCAGAGCCCAAGUUAGCGGCUCACGCCAUCCUGUCGGUGACCAACAAUGACCGCAUGUACGGCAGAACACUCAUCCGCACAGCUGACUCUGCCGUGUCCGUGGCAACGUACAAGAUUGGAGCGUUGGUCAAGUACCGAUGUGAGAGAGGUUACAAGAUAGUGGGUGACCCGCUAAGUACUUGCGAAGAGACAGGUCAUUGGAGCGGGAACAUUCCAGAGUGUGUCUUUGUUGACUGCGGAAUGCCGACACCCCCACCUCAUGGCCGUUUCUCUCUGGCGUCUAACGUCACAUACUAUGGGGCAGCUGUGCUGUACGAGUGUGAGGACAACUACGAACUGGACGGGUUCGCCAGAAGAAUUUGUCUAGAGAACGGAACUUGGAGCUCAGAGACACCCUCUUGCAAAGAGAUCCUAUGUGCCGAGCCGGAGGUUGAUGGCGUAGUGACCGUGAGGACGUCUACACACAGCAUCGGCGGAGUGGCACACUACUCUUGUCCCCGGGGUACCACCAUGGAAGGAAACUCCACCAGGAUCUGUCUACAGAGGGGAUCGUGGAGUGGACGAGUGCCGGAGUGCAAUUAUGUGGACUGCGGUGAGCCAGGGGGUAUAGAGAACGGAAGAGUGAUUGUUGUAAACCAGACGACCAUCUUCAACAGCGUGGUGGAGUACCACUGUGUGCCGCAGUACCAGAGGAUCGGGCCGUACCUGCGCAAAUGUCUGGAGGACGGACGGUGGUCGGGGGAGGAACCUCGCUGUGAAAUGGUCUCCAGUGCUCCGAGUGAGGGACAAAACCUAGGACUUGCCAUCGGCAUCGGCUCUGGAUUUAUUGUCUUUCUUCUCGUCAUUCUUGGACUCAUUUACCUCAGGCUGAGAAAAGAAAGACCGGUCAAAAACACUGAGAACGUUGAAGGCGCUGUGCGAAAAGAAGAACAAAAUGCUGCCGUGAUGUCCUACGCAACUCUGAGCAACAAUACCACCAACCACCACAACAACAUUUACGACAACAUUCACGACAAUGAGGAAAUGUACGACUCACCUUACGAACAGACGAGUCACUACGAGCCGUCACCGAUCUCAAGACGUAGUAGCAAAGCGACGGUUACGAUAAAUGGAGUCGCCGUGAACUGAAACAUGAAACAGUGAUCAAAACACAAAGGCUGGUUCUGACUCUAAUACAGAGUCUAUAACUGAACAACAUAAAUAGCGAUUAGCUUUAAUGGUUUGUUAGUGAAACAACACAUUUUAUCUGUGAUUUUUACAGAUGGUAUCAAUUUUGUUGUGAAUGAUUUUAUGACUUUUCAGUUAACUAUUAGUAUUAUUGAACAAUGUAAGGCCCUAAAGAGGAUAGAAGAUUUUAUAAAAAUGUUUCUCUAGAUUAGUCAAUUUGCUAAAAUGUUUACAGUAUUUGUUUUCUACUACUACCAGCAUGCAUUCAAGAUAUUUUUAAUCAACGAUGCUCAAUCAUAAGUAAUGAUAAAGACAAAAUAAUAUGUUUAAAAAAAAUAUUUUUUAUUUUUUUCAACUAGGAAACAUUGCCACUAGAAAUAGUAUGUUGAACUAAAUUUCUGCAAGUUUUGACAUUUAAAAAACUUGAAUUGUCACCAAAUUAUGUUAAUUCUUAAUUUUGUUAAAAGACAUAUUUUUAUAUACUAGACACAUUUUGAACAUAACUUGUUUUGUAACUUUACCUUUCUCUGUAACUUAAGCAACGAUUUUGAAAAUAUGAGACACUUAACAAAAUAGUAAAUGGACCAAAUAAAUCUCGUGAUCUACUUUUGUAACUGUAAUUGAAUAUAUUUAUAAGUAAUUGUAAAAGUGUAUUUAUGUAUAUUGUAGUUAUGUGCUGUAAGAAUGUUUUAUAAAGCUGUAUGGAAACUUCGUAUGUAAUUAUGUACAUAUUAGGAGAUAAAAUUUUUAUUUUAAGAGUA